UCUUCAUUUCUCAUUCCAAAGCUCUGUUUACAUUCAAUUUCAUUCCCUCACUUUACUUUGUGCUCUUUUCAUCCCAUUCCCAAAUUCACUUUUUCUAUUAAAACAAUAACUCUCAUCAUCCCAACCUCCACUUUGUUUCUCCCCUAAUCUCCCUUUUCCUUUUGUUAUUUAUAAAAAGAUUCUAUCUUUACAAAAACCCUUUGUUUUUCUUGUAUUUUUACAUAUAAAAUCAUACUCUACGAGCAUUAAAUUCAUCAAGCUUUCGUCUUUCUUGAUAUUUCUUAAAAAACAAAGAAAACCCCAAUGGGUAACACCGGCAGUAGCAGCAUAAACAGCCGCCGGCGACUCAUUAGUCGCCGGCGCCACCCACCAUCACCGCCAACACAACCACCCCAUCAAGAAAUCACCGCCAGUCAAUAUGUAUUCGCAGCUGCUAUACCAUUACCUUCUCAAAACUCGAACUCAAAUAACCCUCCGCAGUCCUAUCAAUACCCAGGCUACCACCAGGCUCCGCCGGCGCCGUACGAUCACCACCACCGGCCACCACAUGUGGACCCCACCAACGCGAAUUGGGUCGGUGGGAGGUAUCCAUGUGGGUAUGCAAUGCCUGCUGUUGCACCUUACGUUGAGCACCAAAAGGCUCUCACUAUUAGAAAUAAUGUUAACUUAAAGAAGGAUACUUUGCGGGUCGAAACCGAUGAAGAUGACCCCGGAAAGUUUCUUGUUACAUUUACGUUUGAUGCAACUGUUGCUGGAAGUAUUACAGUUAUUUUUUUCACAAAAGAGGAUGAAGACUGUAACCUGACACCAAUGAAGAAAAGCAUAUAUGCACCUGUAACUGUACAUUUCGAACAAGGUUUGGAUCAGAAAUUUAGGCAACCCUCAGGAACAGGAAUAGACUUUUCAGCUUGUGAAGAUGCAGAAUUAGUAAAUGACAGUGAACUGGAAAUUUAUCCACUAGUAGUAAAAGCGGAGACAUCCCCGAGCAACCAAAGAGGGUUCGCAGAUGGAAACCACGAGGCUGGAGCCAGCAACUCCCAAAUUACCCUAGCCAUGUUUGAAAAGGAUAGGGGUGGAUAUAAGGUACGAGUGCUGAAGCAGAUUUUAUGGGUAAAUGGAAUGAGGUAUGAGCUGCAGGAGAUAUAUGGCAUUGGUAAUUCGGUUGAUGGUGAUCUAGACGGAAACGAUCGCGGUAAAGAAUGUGUUAUCUGCUUGUCAGAACCUCCUGAUACAACUGUACUUCCAUGCAGACACAUGUGUAUGUGCAGUGGGUGUGCCAAAGUUUUAAGGUGCCAAACAAAUAGGUGUCCAAUAUGUCGACAGCCAAUUGAGAGGCUUCUGGAAAUCAAGGUCAACGGUGAAACUGAGGCGAGCAAAGAUGGGACUCUGCCAUGAUUGUGCUGUAAAUAAGAUCUUUUCAGCCCCUUCCAUUUUUCAAUCAUCUUCUCUGCUGCAUGACUAGGUUCUUUUAUAACUAUCUGGAAUCUCAUUCAUAUCAGAUGUAUUCAGAUAUAGUGAUAUUUAUUACUCAAGUUCAUAGCAUUAGAUUCUGUAAGGCGGUCAUGUUUGCAUGAUUUUGCCGACUGUUUGGUGACAUUCUUCUUGUACAAUUUGUAAUGCGAGGUAUAUAGUGCGUUUGGUUUGUA